CCCAGGUUGCCGCCUGCAACCCGCCGCGGGUGGGGCAGGCGCGGACCGAGCUUUGGCCACCGUCUCACGCUAGGGCGCGGGGCCCCCGGACCGGAGAGUGGGGGGCGGCCGGCCCUCGGCCUCCUGCUUGGGACCCUGAGGCUGAGAGCGUGUCAGGGAAUUUUCGCCUGGAGAAGCCGAGGGGGAGGGGCGGCCGCCGCCGCCUCGCCGGGGCUCUUUGUGCUGUAACAAUGACCAGCUGCCGCCGGCCCCCGGGCCCGGGCUGGGGCGGAGGGUGACCGCCGCCGCCGAGCCGAGCCAAGUCCCCGGACACGUAGUCACAGGGCGUCGGAAGGAGGGCUCCCGACUGCCGCCGAGCAGCCCCUACGUGCGCCCCGGCGGACUCGCGUGACGCGGGUGCCGGAGCGUGUCCGCGGCCCGGGGCGGGGACGGCCCUCGGACCCUCCCUUGCGCAGCGCCGCCCACUCGCACUGGGCGGGGGCUGGCCUGGGCCGGGGGGCGCCGCGGAGGCGGAGGCGGGCCGGCCCGGGCCGCUCGGAGUGGCGGCGCGCGGGCCGGGAUCGGGGCCGGAGCCGGGCGGCGCGCCUGUGGAGCGCUGGGGGCGGCCUGGGGCUGAGCAUGGAGCAGCGCGGCGGAGGUCACCUGCGAGGCCGCUGGCCAGGCCUGAGCCUCUGCCACCAUGGCCAUCGUGCAGACUCUGCCAGUGCCACUGGAGCCUGCUCCUGAAGCUGCCACUGCCCCACAAGCACCAGCCAUGGGCAGUGUGAGCAGCCUAAUCUCAGGCCGGCCCUGCCCUGGGGGACCAGCUCCUCCCCGCCACCAUGGCCCUCCUGGGCCCACCUUCUUCCGCCAGCAGGAUGGCCUGCUUCGGGGUGGCUAUGAGGCACAGGAGCCGCUAUGCCCAGCUGUGCCCCCCAGGAAGGCUGUCCCUGUCACCAGCUUCACCUAUGUCAACGAGGACUUCCGGACAGAGUCACCCCCCAGCCCAAGCAGUGAUGUGGAGGAUCCCCGGGAGCAGCGGGCACGCAAUGCCCACCUCCGUGGCCCACCACCAAAGCUCAUCCCUGUCUCUGGAAAGCUGGAAAAGAACAUGGAGAAGAUCCUGAUCCGCCCAACAGCCUUCAAGCCAGUGCUGCCCAGACCUCGAGGGGCUCCGUCCCUGCCUAGCUUCAUGGGUCCUCGGGCCACCGGGCUGUCUGGGAGCCAGGGCAGCCUGACGCAGCUGUUUGGGGGCCCUGCCUCCUCCUCCUCUUCUUCCUCUUCCUCUUCUGCUGCUGACAAACCCCUGGCAUUAAGUGGCUGGGCCAGUGGCUGCCCAUCAGGGACACUGUCUGACUCUGGCCGAAACUCACUGUCCAGCCUGCCCACCUACAGCACUGGAGGUGCCGAGCCAGCCACCAGCUCCCCAGGCGGGCACCUGCCUUCCCAUGGCUCCGGGCGAGGGGCACUGCCUGGGCCAGCCCGAGGGGCCCCUACUGGGCCCUCCCACUCAGACAGUGGCCGAUCUUCCUCCAGCAAGAGCACAGGCUCCCUGGGGGGCCGUGUGGCUGGGGGGCUUUUGGGCAGUGGUACCCGGGUCUCCCCUGACAGCAGCUCUUGUGGGGAGCGCUCACCACCACCUCCCCCUCCACCCCCUUCGGACGAGGCCUUGCUACACUGUGUCCUGGAAGGAAAGCUCCGAGACCGGGAGGCAGAGUUUCAGCAGCUGCGGGACGGUCUGGAAGAGAACGAGGCGACCCUGUGCCAGGCAUAUGAGGAGCGGCAGCGGCACUGGCAGCGAGAGCGCGAGGCCCUGCGAGAGGACUGCGCGGCCCAGGCACAGCGGGCACAGCGGACCCAACAGCUGCUGCAGCUGCAGGUGUUCCAGCUGCAGCAGGAGAAGCGGCAAUUGCAGGACGACUUCGCACAGCUGCUGCAGGAGCGUGAACAGCUGGAGCGGCGCUGUGCCACCUUGGAGCGGGAACAGCGGGAGCUCGGGCCAAGGCUUGAGGAGACCAAGUGGGAGGUGUGCCAGAAAUCAGGCGAGAUCUCCCUGCUGAAGCAGCAGCUGAAGGAGUCUCAAGCAGAGCUGGUGCAGAAGGGCAGCGAGCUGGUGGCCCUGCGGGUGGCGCUGCGGGAGGCCCGGGCUACGCUGCGGGUCAGUGAGGGCCGUGCACGGGGCCUACAGGAGGCAGCCAGAGCUCGGGAGCUGGAGCUGGAAGCCUGUUCCCAGGAGCUGCAGCGACACCGCCAAGAAGCUGAGCGGCUUCGGGAGAAAGCUGGGCAGUUGGAUGCUGAGGCGGCUGGACUCCGGGAGCCCCCUAUGCCACCUGCCACUGCUGACCCGUUCCUCCUGGCAGAGAGUGAUGAGGCCAAGGUGCAGCGGGCAGCAGCCGGGGUAGGGGGCAGCUUGCGGGCCCAGGUGGAGCGGUUGCGGGUGGAGCUGCAGCGGGAGCGACAGCGGGGUGAGGAGCAGCGGGACAGCUUUGAGGGGGAGCGGCUGGCCUGGCAGGCGGAGAAGGAGCAGGUGAUCCGCUACCAGAAGCAGCUGCAGCACAACUACAUCCAGAUGUACCGGCGCAACCGGCAGCUAGAGCAGGAGCUGCAGCAGCUCAGCCUGGAGCUGGAGGCCCGGGAGCUCGCUGACCUGGGCCUGGCCGAGCAGGCACCCUGCAUCUGCCUAGAGGAGAUCACCGCUACAGAGAUUUAGGGCCCUCAGCACCCAGCUCUGUAGGGAGCUCUGCCAGAGGGCAACAGCUGCAGGUCCACUCAGGCCCUGGGGUCCACGGAGGACCCCAAAAGCUGAGAGCCCCAGAGCCACUUGUCUCCUAGGAUCCAGGCCUCUGGGCUUCUGCCAAGAACUCGGGGUGGCCCUGUGACUUGGAGGAUCAAGAUCAGACCACUCGAAGGUCCCCAUGUUCACUGUCACCCAGAGGCUCCUGUCACUCUGUCCAUUUCACUUCCUACUGCUGCCAGUGCCACUGCCAACCCUGCUCACAGGCGCUUCCAGCCCACUCCAGCCAGGGGAGCUGGGAAGAAGGGGUUCCCUCCUCUCCACAUUCCCCCCAACCCUAAAGCCAGAGAAAGCCAGAUGGUACCAGCUGCUCCAGAUGUGCCUGCCCACAUUGGGGGACAGGGCCGGGCCUGGGCUCAGUUCCCAUGUUCGAGCUCUGCAGCCUCCCUCCUGGAGUGAGGGGGCUGAAGUCAGACCAAAGGAAGAACUCAGAAAUGUCUUGUUUAUUUGUGUUUGUGACCAAGCAGCCUCUCCCUUCAUCUAGAUUUAUGGCCUCAUUUUCACUUGUGUAUUUUUCACACUGUAAAUUUCUUGUACAAACCCAAAGAAAAAAUUAAAAAAAAAGUUUUUGUUUAAAAAAA